AUCAUAGUGGUAUUAUAAAAUAGUAUUUUCAACGUUAGUUCAAUACUUAUUCAUGUAAUUAAGAUGUCUUCUAGUAAACUUAAUGAUUUUCUUCAAUCCAGUCGGCGUUAUGAUGAAGAUAUUUUGGGUAAAAAGCGACCUGUAACUGUUGUGAUUGGAAAUGAAAGCUGUGAUCUAGAUUCAGCCGUCUCAAGCAUUACCUAUGCUUACUUUCUGUCUCUUGAAAGUCCACCUGAUUGUGCUGUGGUACCUGUGAUAAAUGUACUUAGGAAACAUUACGAUGUGAAAACCGAGGUCAAAUACUUCCUCAAUCAUAACAACAUUGAGGAUAAUAUGCUGGUUUUCAGAGACGAAAUCGACCUCAACGCGCUCCACUCUGCCAACCGGUUGGAACUGGUUUUAGUGGAUCACCACGUGUUGCCAGCCGACAUGAGUGCACUGAGUGCGGCCGUCACACGUGUGCUGGACCACAGGCCACGUGUCGACACGUGUGUGACGUCAUCGCCACACGUGCAGGUCGACAUCAGACCGGUCGGGUCAUGUGUCACGCUUGUCGGACGACAUCUGGACAGCAAAGGCUUGCUUAGCGACAGACAGGUUGCGACACUUGUUUACGGUACAAUUCUGUUGGAUACAAGCAACUUUUCGCCCAUCACAAAGAAAGCGACAGACUUGGAUAGGGAGGUGGCAGCCCUGUGUGAAACCAAGGCCCACGUUUCCAAUGCCAAGGAUCUGUAUGAUAGGCUGGUAGCUGCCAAAACUGAUACAUCGCGUCUAUCAACCUACAGUCUACUCAUUAAGGACAUGAAGAAGGUCCAUGGCAUACCUUUGUCUGUACUUACCAUGUCUGUUAAGGAUUUUCUAGAACGUCCUGAUGCUGAGGCUAACAUAAAGGAGUUCUGCACUGAGCAUGAGGCCAGAGUUAUGCUAAUUCUGGGAGUGAUUGUUACCGGAGGAAGUCAGCUCAGAGAUUUGUUCAUCUAUCCCAACACCUGUCAACCAUUGGCGGAUAAGAUAGAAGAGCACCUCAAAGCAAGCACAGCUCCAAAACUUGAUCUUCACAUGGUUGAGAAUAAAUUCGGUGGAAAAAUCUUCAAAGAAAUCAACACUUAUUCUACGAGAAAACAGGUUUUGCCCAUUGUUGAGAGAGCUAUUCUAAGCUACGAUAGUGAGACAAGGACUGGAAGUUGAUGAUUAUUAAAUGACGGGAGAUAAUCUGAAGGUUUCUCAUGAGAAAUUUAUUUUAACUGAUUCAGGUUUAUAGAUUUUGUUAUUGGUACCCAAUGGUUCAGAACUGUAAGGCUCAACUCAGGUCGAGAAGAGACUCGAAUCUAGUCGAGAGCAUGUGUUUCCAAAUGGUGACACUCAGACCAGUCGAUUCUAGUCUCCGCGACGUCACCAUUUCAAAACACAUGCUCUCGACUAGUCGAGAGUUGAGUCUCUUCUCGACCUGAGUCACGUAAGUGUGAGUUGAACCUGAGUGUGAAACAAUUCAUCAUUUUUUUGUUACUGACUAUUGUCAUAGCCACCUCUAAUUCAAGGCCCCGGCCUACGAUAUUGCAACGUCGCAGCGUAGGCCUAGAAUCUAAUACAUGAUUGGUGAAAAAGAUUUUUAAAAAUACCAGCUGAUCUUUUUCACCAAUCAUGCAUUAGAUUCUAGACCUACGCUGCGACGUUGCAAUAUCGCAGGCCGCAGCCUUGUAUUAGAGGUGGCUAUGGUAUUGUGAAUCAGUGUAUUGUAUAUCCUUUUAGUGUGGUCCACGUUAUAAUGGCAGUGUUUGAUAAGGAAUGGUAUUGCUAUCCUUGUCUACCAUUCAACAAAGCGGAUAGCCCUAUCUCUUUCUCGCUUUGCUUUGUUGCCAGAUCGUUCAGAUGUAGAAUUAAUAAUUUAAAAAAUAUUUCAUAUUAAUUAUUGAAAGUUAUAAUUUCUUGCUUGAUAAAAUAUAAUUGAUUAUUUUUAACUAGAAUGAACCGUUAAUAUUACAUCAAUAAACCUGUAACUGCUACCGUCUAUAGAAGGCAUUGACAAGACAGGACCGGCAACGUUGUUCUCCUAUCUUUCUCCACUGCCAUUAUAACGUGGACCUCACUAUAGUACAAGUAUAUUCUUGUGUU